AUGGCCGCUAUUCGCGAGAAGUCCAAGCUGCCGUCUCCGCUGUCGGCUCUGUCGGUACCAGCCCGAGGUUUAACCGCGAAGACCAAGCGCAGUCUUCUUGCGCUCUUCGUUGUGGCCGCAUACGUCGCGUGGUCGUUUGGCGCGUGGGAGUCCGUGCUUCAAAGGACCAGCGUCCGCCCUCGCCUUCGACCGGUGAUCCUGCUCGUUGGAGACUCCUUGACCGAGAAGGGCACGAUCCCCAAGACGAACGGCUGGGUCACUCUGCUGCAGAGCGACUAUAGACGCUCCGUCAACGUCGUGCCGCGCGGACUCUCGGGCUACAACACCAGAUGGUAUCUGAAGUAUGGAGUUCCAGUGAUCCAGGGCGAGAUAUCGAGUGGGGCGUACAUGCCGGCGUUGAUCACGAUUUGGCUGGGGGCCAACGACGCCGCUCUGCCCAACGGAACUGCAGUGGCGCAGCAUGUGCCCGUCGACGACUACAAGGGGAACCUCGUCAAGCUCGUUGAUACUUUCAAGGCGAUGGCACCGGACGCCAAAGUUUUGUUCAUCACCCCUCCGUUCGUCGAUGAUGAAGUCCAGCAGAAGCACGCGGACAAGUACAAGGGCGAUAUGAAGGGCAUGGUCGCCCAUUCCAACGCGAUGGCGGGGAUCUACGCGCGCGCGUGUGUGGACACAGCGAAAACCUUGGGGCUUCCCGUGCUGGACUUGCACACGUACUUCAACAACCUGACCGAGUACACGCACAAGCAUGUACUUGAGGACGGACUGCAUCUCAACCUGAAGGGCAACAAUCACAUGUACGAGCAGCUCCGCCAGAAGAUUGAGGCCGAGUUCCCCAACAUCUCGCACAAACUCGAGCGGUGGCAGAUCCCGAGCUACGAGAGGUGGGUCGACUUGGAUCCGUGGGUUCCGAAGAAGACAAACUCGACUGAAAACGCCAAUUGA